AUGAUGUCUGAUGCAAAAGAUCAGACCAUCUGUUACUCUCUUCCCAGAAAAAACAUCUCUUGCUUUUCUUUAAAACAUAGAAGGAAAAAGAAAAGAAAUCACCUCUUGCUCUAAGUUGGUAAUUAGUCUAGUAAGAUUCCAAGAAUUGCUGCAGUCAGAGAUGAAACUGAGAGGAAAUACUAUUGUAAUAUGGCUGUAUGCGGUGGCAACAUGGCUUUGGUUUGGAUCCACUUCCGGGUGGUCAUUCACAUUGCAGGAUAGUAAUAAUAAUAAAUUGCUAAAACAGUACCCAACUAUAAUUUUUACCACUGUGAGUGCCACAGCGGAAAGCUACAGAGACUUUAUUAAUGCUAUGCGCAGUCAAUUAUUAGCUGGAGAUGACGUGAGACAUGAAAUACCAGUGUUGCAAAACAGAGUUGGUUUGCUAAUAAACCAACGGUUUGUUUUAGUUCAAGUCACAAAUCAGGCAGAGCUUUCUAUUACAUUAGCAGUGGAUGUCACCAAUGUAUAUGUGGUUGGCUACCGUGCAGGAAACAAUGCUUAUUUCUUUCAGCCUGACAAUCCGGAAGAUGCAGAAGCAAUUACUCAUCUUUUCACAGAUUCUCAAAGUCGACAACCAUUCUCCUUUGGAGGUAACUAUGAUAGAUUGGAGCAGAUUGCAAGUCAGGGAGGUCGAAGAGGUCGGAGAGAAGAUAUCGAAUUGGGAAUUGGUCCAAUGGAGGAAGCUAUCUCAGCGCUUUAUCGAUAUACCACAGGUGGCGUUCAACUUCCAACCUUAGCUCGCUCCUUUAUAGUUUGCAUCCAAAUGAUUUCAGAAGCAAUACGAUUUCAGUAUAUCGAGGGAGAAAUGGGCAGCAGAAUUCGGCACAGUCGAGGUUCUGCUCCAGAUCCUAGCGUAAUUACACUUGAGAAUAACUGGGGGAGACUUUCCACUACAAUUCAAGAGUCUAACCAAGGAGCCUUUGCUAAUCCAAUUCAACUACAAAGACGUAAUGGUUCCAUGUUCUAUAUAUUCGAUGUGAGUAAAUUAAUCCCAAUCAUAGCUCUCAUGGUGUACAGGUGCGCUCCUCCGGCAGCAUUGCAGCACCCUUUACUUGCAAAGCCAAUGGUAUCAAAUUCUAAUGAUGAUGUUUGUGUAGAUCCUGAGCCCACAAUGCGUAUUAUGGGUCGAAAUGGUCUAUGUGCCGAUGUUAGAGAUGGAGACUACCGUGACGGUAACUCGAUACAAUUAUGGCCUUGCAAAUCUAGUACAGAUGUGAACCAGCUGUGGACUUUGAAGAAAGACGGUACUAUUCGAUCUAAUGGCAAGUGUUUGACCACUUGCGGUUACAAUCCAGGACACCAUGUGAUGAUAUAUGAUUGUGAUACUGCUAUAAUUGAUGCCACCCGUUGGCAAAUAUGGGACAAUCGAACCAUCAUAAAUCCCAUAUCUGGUCUAGUUUUGGCAGCAACAUCAGGGAACAGUGGCACCACACUUACAGUGCGGACCAACAUAUAUGCCACCAGUCAAGGUUGGCUUCCAACUAAUAAUAACGAACCGUUUGUGACAUCCAUUGUUGGUUUAUACGACCUUUGCUUGCAAGCAAAUAGUGGAAACGUGUGGUUAGAGGAGUGCGUAAAUAAAAAGGCUGAACAACAAUGGGCUCUUUUUGCAGAUGGUUCAAUACGGCCUCAGCAAGAUCAAAAUAACUGUCUUACAGGUGAUGCUAGUACACAAGGAACAAUUGUCAAAGUCCUCUCUUGCAAUUCUGGAUCCGCAGGCCAACGAUGGAUGUUGAAGAAUGAUGGUACCAUUUGGAAUUUGUACUAUGGCCUGGUGCUGGAUGUGGCAAAUUCGGAUCCGAGCCUUAAACAAAUAAUUAUUUGGUCUUUCAAUGGAGACCCAAACCAAAAAUGGUUACCAUUACUUUGAUGGACUGAUUAUCCUCCUAGUCGCUUGCAGUGUGUGUAUGUCCUGCUAUGUGCAUUGUUGCUUAAAUAAAAAGGACAUUGUAAAAUUGUAACUCAAAGGACAGCAAGUUAUUGCAGUCCAAUAUUCAAUAAUAGUAAAAGCAUAAGUCUUGUGCUUCCUUUGUUUA